CUGCUAAUGGGGUGCUCUGAAAGGAGAGCUUUCAUCUGGGGGACUCUACGAUGGGGGCAGACCAAAUCUCUGGAAGGAGAGUACUGCUCUGGAAGGAGAGUGCUGCUCUGGAAGGAGAGUGCUGCUCUGAAAGGAGAGCUUUCAUCUAGAGGACUCCACGGUGGGGGCAGACCAAAUCUCUGGAAAGUGACGUCCCCGUCUGGCACAGGGACCUAUGAUGCUCGGGUUCUCGGCCAGACCGGAAAAAGGCAAGAGAAUGGGAACAACGAUGAGCAGAACUCUGAAAUGGACAAAUAUACAUCAUUUUCCCCUCACACCCAAACUCAGAAUCACCAAAAUUGUUAUUCGUUGAGAAAACGCAAGGGAAUAGUGGAAUACAAGUCUAGUGAAAGGCAUGCAUGUUAUGUAGUAGGUUGCAAUAUUUUAGUUGUUGGAAAUUCAAAAAUUAAUAGUAUGAACAAUGUCAAUAGGAAGCAGAGGAAAAACACUAAUGAUGAGGGAAGUGAUGUCUCG